GCGCUGGAGGCUUCCUGUGCUCUUUUCUCUGCCUUUCGCUGCUGCUCGUCUUUCUGCUAAAUAAAAAGUCACAAUGACCGCACAUGACGCAGAUGCUAGGAUAGAGCCGCGCCAUGAUGUCGAGGCGCGGUCUCAUCCCGACCAUCAUGACUUCGAGAGCCAGGCCGCAUCAACCGAAAAGUCUGCUACGAUACUUGACUGGGACGGACCGAACGAUUCCGCCAAUCCGUUCAACUGGCCCGAGUCUCGCAAAUGGAUGGUCAUAGGCGCAGCUCUGCUAUGCACACUCACAGUGCCGUGGAAUGGUACUUCCAUCACCGUGGCCGCGCAGGAGAUCAACCAGCAGUUCGGCAUUAGCGACGCCAAUUUCCCAAAUAGUUACUGGCCUGUCACUUCAUGGAGUCUGGGAGGCGCAGUGUUCAUUAUCAUCUUUCUCCCGCUCAUGGAGGAUGUCGGCAUUCGCAUCGGAUUUCUUGUGUCUUACGUCUUCUUUCUGCUUAUGAUCAUACCGCAAGCGCUUGCUCGCAACUUCGCUACCUUAAUAGUCACGCGGUUCUUCAGCGGUGGAUGCGUGGCUUUGCUGGCGAACACACUCGGAUCUGCUAUCCCCGACUUAUGGGCAGAGGACUGGGCGAGAAGCUUCCCCGUGAGUCUGUACAUCAUCACGUACUUGAUGGGGUCUACACUUGCGCCGCCCAUUUUUGCUGGGGUAAUGCAGUAUAUCGGUAACUGGAGGUGGAUCUUCUACAUCCAGCUCAUCGUCUAUGGAGCUCUCCUCCCAUUCUUCUUUCUCUUCAUCCGCGAGACACGAGGGUCCGUGAUAUUGCGCCGCCGUGCCAACCAAAUCCGAAAGACUACUGGCAGACUCGUAUAUACCGCCGAGCAGCUUGACCAGCCUCCACUCUACUACCGCCUCUACAAGUCCAGCACGCGACCAAUCUACCUGCUGGUGACUGAGCCUGUUCUGCUCGCCAGCACGCUGUGGUCAGCCUUCAGCUUCGGUACCGUGUUCCUCUUCACGCAGUCCGUCGGACAAGUCUUCACAGGUCUGUACGGCUGGGAGGAGUACAGCAUUGGCUACGUACAGACUGCCGUUGUCAUAGGAGAACUACUCGGUUGGGUCGCUCAGCGAUACUCCAUCUACCUAUACACCGCAUCAGCGAAGCGCAAUACAGAGGCGCCUGGCACACCCAUUCCCGAAGCGAGGCUCUACGUCAGUGCGUUCGCCUCGUUCGGCGGUAUUGUAGGCGGAAUGUUCGUCUAUGCAUGGACAGCAUACCCAUCUAUACCAUGGAUCGCACCCGCAAUUGGUCUGGCUAUGGUGGGCUUCGGCAUCCAACUUGUCGUCUCCGCCGUUGCCGACUACAUACUCGACGCAUACGCUGCGUCGAACUAUGCGGGCUCGGCGGUCAGUGCAGUUGCGGCAGGUGAGAACGUUGUUGCCGGCAUUCUACCCUUGGCUGCGCAGAGCAUGUACACAGAACUGGGCUUCCAGUGGGCGAGCACACUGUUGGCAUGCUUGGCGCUGCUGCUGAGUCUCGCGCCAGUGGUCUUUAUAUGGAAGGGUAGAUGGUUUAGGGAGAAAAGUCCUUUCAUGCGGGCUGGCCAGCAACUGAAGGCUACGGGCUCAUAG